CUUACUUCUGUGCUCCGAAACCAUACAAAACAUGGCAGGUCACUGUCGGUUUACAGUGAAUAUUAUAUUCGGCUACUUUUAGAACUAGCUCAGUGUGGUCAACUUAACAGAACUGAGGGUUUGAUUGUCGGUUUUAUUGAAUGGAAUUAACAGAUGGGCUGCACCUAAGUGUCUUGUAGCAGAACGCCAUGUUUCACAGAAAAGAGACCCUCAUGGUAGUCGAAAGUUCGAGUAACGUUAGCAGUGUAGUUUCCAAUGUUAACAGCCGUAGCCUUCAUUUACAACGGGGCCUUUCCACCCAAGAGAGAGAAUCUAACAUUAGAGGGAAAAUGUUCAGCCUGACAGAUACGGAGGACGACGUCCAAUUUGACACCUCGGAUUCAGACACUAACUGUGAGGUGUUGCUGGCCGGAAAACAGUAUCCAUCGAUUCAGGAAUUUGCAUCUGCCAUUCCCAACCAACUUCUGCUUGGAUCUCUACUUGAACACUUGUGCUUUGUUUAUGAGAGUGAUCCCACACGGUCACGCAUGCUGUUUAAAGUGAUAGGCCAGCGGUUAGCGGCUAUGAACCUCCUGUCCCCACUGGCGAUCAGUGAUGAGUUCAGCACGGUCCGAUUACAGCAUAACAGGGCAUUCACAGAGCUCCUGCACGCCACAAGCUCAUCCCUUUUCCCCCAGGAACAUAAGUACUUGAGUACAGAAGGCCAAAGCAAAAGAACCAAAGAUGGUCUUUUCCAAGCACAGACAUCCCGGUACCUUAGUGAAUUUGAAGAAAUAGCAACACUGGGUAAAGGAUCCUAUGGCAAAGUGUUUAGGGUCACAAACAAGCUUGAUGGUCAGGAAUAUGCAGUGAAAAAAAUUCUAAUCAAGAAAGUAACACGAGAUGACUGUAUGAAGGUUCUUAGAGAGGUUAAAGUGCUCUCCAGCCUUCAGCAUCCCAAUAUUGUUGGAUAUCACACUGCAUGGAUGGAACACGUUCAGCCUGCUGUGACAGUAGAUUCCAACUCUCUUGUUUCGCAAACAUUUCCAGCAUUAGAUAGACCUUCAGAACCAGAUGGGUGCACUCCAGAACACACCAACAGCAGCAAUGGAUCUUUCAUUGUUUUUGAACAUUCUGAACAGGCAGAAGUGAAAGAAAAUCGGGUUGCACUAGAGAGCAUCUCGGUAAAACCCUCAACUUCAAAAGUGGACAUGGCACAGUCUGUUUGCACUAAAAAUGUCCGCAAGCCACAGAAUUUUGUUCCAUGUGUGUUUCUGGGAAAACCCCGCUCUACGUUAAACAAAUGCCCUGCUGCUAAUUGGGACAGUUCAACACUCUCAGAGGAUGACCUCAGUCAGAACAGACUGGAAUUGAACAAACACUCUUACAUUGACAUGGACACACCCGAAUGGUCUGAAAAGCAGGAGAACAAGGUUCAGUUCCACUUAAUGCUUUACAUACAAAUGCAGCUGUGUGAACGAUCUUUGAAGGACUGGAUACAAGAGAGGAAUUCAAGGACCACGGAGGGACUCUUGAUUUCAGGAGAUCCCUGUGAUUCAGUUGACUGUGAACAGGCAUUAAAGAUUUUAAAGAAAAUACUUGAAGGAGUGGAGUACAUUCAUUCCUGUGGUAUUAUGCACAGAGACCUAAAGCCAAGAAAUAUUUUCCUUCUUGGAAAUGAGUGCCAUGUGAAGAUAGGGGAUUUUGGAUUGGCUUGCCAAAACAUUAUAAUGGACGAACAUGAGAAGUUGCCUUCCAGUUCCCAAGCAGGUGUAAACCCAGAUGCAACUCACACCAGUGGAGUGGGAACAUUUGUGUACGCUGCCCCAGAACAACUUGAGGGCUCUCGCUAUGAUUCAAAGUCAGAUAUGUACAGCAUAGGAGUGAUUGCCUUUGAGUUAUUCCAGCCAUUUGGGACCGAGAUGGAGCGUGUUCACACACUUGGAGAACUACGACAGGGCAAGAUCCCUAACACACUGUCCACAAACUGGCCAAUUUUGGCCAAGUAUAUUAAACUACUGACCUCCUCUGAUCCCUCAAUGCGACCAAGUGCACCUCAGUUACUUCAGAGUGACCUCUUCAGCACCAAUGACAUGGUGAUCCACAGUUUAAAGCGCAAGAUUGAUGAACAAGAAGAAGAAAUUGUACAGCUCAGGAGACGGAUUAGUGAGCUACAGAUCUCUCAGAAUUCAAUACACAGUCCAGAAAAGACGUAGUAAUAGAAUUUCUUUUGUACUGCCACAAGUGCUCAGUAUUUGUACAUUGUCAACUGUUGUUUGGAAAUGGCUGUAUGUGGGAGCACAGCUCUGCUUGUAUGUAUAUAAAUGAGUGACACAUUUAAUUUAAUGAAAGAUCUGUAAAGUAAAAUCCCGUGACAAUGGUGCAUUAGUCUCUGACUCUUUAAAGUUGACUAAAUAGUUACUGUAGUUUUAUUAAUGUCUAGUACAUUUACUGGAGGGUUUAGUUAUAAUAAUGAAUAUUAAUAAUACUUCAGUGUCAUAAAUAAGACUGCAAAAGCAUUUUGAGUUUAUUAGGUCACUGAAUUAUAAAAUGUACUUAAUUCUUUAAUAACAUCACACAAUUGUUACACUUUUAUUUACAAACACACUAACGUUAUUAUUUACAAAACUUUAUCUGACGAAGAAUUUGAUGGUGGAUAAUAAUUUGCCACAACCUACCGUACGAUCCACCAACACAUCCAUUCCAUUAGAUAUUAAAAUCUACGUCUGACUGCAUUAAUUCAAAUAUGUACGAAAAACUCGUCUUUGUUAAUUUAUCCACAGAAAGCUUUUAUUUGUCAUUUGUAAAGUGCUUUUAGUUUUUUUCUUUCUCUCGUCGAGUUGACAACAACAAAGACAUUCAACUGCCUUGACGGCGGCCCUUCAUUUAAGGCCACAUCCACAGCACUGGGUUGGCUGACAUUACGAAAGUACCCGGAUGUACCCGUGGGGAAACUACGUCAUUGUUCACCGCCGGACGCUCUUUGGAUUUUAGAAUGGAUGAACUCAUUUAAAUUAAUCAUAAAACAACAGGUACGUGCAUUAUUUGAUGUAAAUAUGCUAUGUGAACGCUGCAUGUGAUGUUCUCGGGAGCGCGCGUUGAGCAGCUGCGUUUAUUGCGUGGCACGAAAUUGAAAACACCGGGUUUCGCAACGAGUCUUUCGGCGGCAUUGCCUUCUCGGCCACAGCACCGGUGAAUUUUAAAUACGCGCCCCUCCUUUCUACCUGGUUUUGCUUAAUAUCGAAUUUUAGCAAAUGAAAUGUCGUGCUGUGUAUGUCUGUAAAGGGACACAACACGUAGGUUAUAUCAACACCAUCUUGAUACACAAACGGGCUUCUAGAAGUGCG